AUUGUUGUCCAUUCGGCCAUUCCGCAUCCCUCUCUCCCUCCGCCGCCGCCUCCCAGCGCCGCCCCUCACCGCCGUCUCCACCGUCGUUUCCCACCGAGUCCCUUGAAGCCCCAGCCAUGGCGGCCGCAUCGGCCACCCGCCGCGGCCUCACCGCUCUCCUCCUCUCCUCCUCUCGCGCGCUGCCCCGCCGCCUUGGCCCCCUCGCCGCCGCAGCUGCCUCAGCCCACCUCACCCCGUGGGCGAUGCUUGCGUCGCGCGGGGCCAAGACCGCGUCGUCUGGGGGGUCCGGGUACUCGCCGCUCAACGAUCCGUCGCCGAACUGGAGCAACCGCCCGCCCAAGGAGACGAUCCUCCUCGACGGCUGCGACUACGAGCACUGGCUCAUCGUCAUGGAGUUCCCCACCGACCCCAAGCCGUCCGAGGAGGAGAUGGUCGCGGCCUACGUCAAGACCCUCACCGCCGUCGUCGGGAGUGAGGAGGAAGCAAAGAAGAAAAUCUACUCGGUGUGCACCACAACAUACACAGGAUUUGGUGCAUUGAUUUCAGAGGAGUUAUCAUACAAAGUUAAAGGAUUGCCCGGAGUUCUUUGGGUGUUACCUGAUUCAUACCUGGAUGUUCCUAACAAGGAUUACGGAGGUGAUCUGUUCGUAGAUGGCAAGGUCAUCCACAGACCUCAGUUCCGAUUUACUGAGAGGCAGCAGGUAAGGAGUAGACCUCGUCCUCGCCACGACAGGCGACGGGAUACUGUCCAAGUUGACCGAAGAGAAACGAUGCAAAGAGGCCCUCCGACACAGCAGCAGAGGCCACCAUUUCCUCAGGAGGCCGCUCAGCAUCCGCAGCAACACUAUGAAACCAUGCCACCAGGAGUAGGAAAGUAACUAAAGUUAGAGUUAGGCUUGAAGCUGUCUUUGUUCAUACAGUGAACCUCUGCCAGAACUUUUCGAGUGAAAUCUCAUAACUACACCAACCACUAUUCUUGUAGCUUAUAUGACUGGAACAGGUACCUUAAUGCCAGUAAACCCUUGUAGUCC